AUGUUCUUUGAACUCGAACUGUGUGCAGUUUGGUGGGCGGCCGAAAAGUGUGACUACUACUUGCGCGGGAUCCACGAGUUCAAGGUCAUCACGGAUCACCGCCCCCUUGUCGGCCUCUUCAAGAAACCUCUUGCCUCCAUCACAAACGGCCGCCUUCAACGACUCCGGGAGAAGUUAAACCACUAUAAUUUUGACUGCAUCUGGGUGGCUGGCAAGACGCAUCUCAUCGCGGACGCCCUGAGUCGUACUCCACUCUUCCCGGCCGACCCUGAGCUGGACGCCUCACUCCGCGAAGAACUAUGCGCUGCUAUCUUGACCGACGACCCCAUCUUUGCCUCUUUGCGUGACUCCAUCGACGAUGACUACAAAGAGCUGCGCGAACACGUUCGUCAGGGCCGCAAAUUCCCACAAAGGGUGUCCCCGUUCCACCAAGUCCGGGUCCGUGUCGAGGAGGAUCUCUUGCUUGUUGGCGACCGGCUUGUAGUCCCUCGCCCCGCUCGUCAGCGCAUUAUCGCUCUGAUCCAUGGAUCACAUUCUGGAUGCACGAAGUCGCUUGAGCUGGCUCGUCAAACAUACUUCUGGCCAGGUAUGAUUCACGAGAUCAAGCAGUUCAUUGCCUGGUGCCCAGAAUGUGUGUCCAUGUUGCCGUCCCAAGCCCAUGAGCCGAUCCUCUCCGCCGCCUCCACGGCCGAAUAUCCCAUGCAGGCGGUCUCCACGGACCUUUUCGACUGUCUGGGCAAGACGUACGUGAUCAUGGUCGACAGGUACUCUGGCUUCCCUUUCAUCUCCAGACUCUCCUCUACAACAACUGAAGCCGUCUGGUCCAAGCUGAUGGGCUGGUUUCAGGACUUUGGGAUGCCUGGUCUAAUCAAGUCUGACGGAGGGCCCCAAUACCGCCAGCAGUUUUCAACCUUGUGUGCGGAGAACAACAUCAUCCAUGAGCAAUCGGCUCCGUAUCAUCCGGAGUCAAACGGCUUGGCCGAGGCAGCGGUCAAGUUGGUGAAGGCAUUGCUCAAGAAAACUGGUGGAGUGGACAACACCGUCUUCAGAUCGGCCCUCCUCGAGUGGCGGAACACUCCAAGAGCAUCCGGAUUCUCCCCCGCCGCUGGCUUCUUUGGUCGCUGGCUCCGCACACGUCUCCCGUCAGCCGAACCGUUGCACCUUGACACGACUUUGCAAGCUGGCUUCGAGUCUGCUCGAUUAGAUGUCGACGCUGCUCGAGUCGAGGCUGCUGGAGGACACAAGCUCCCGCCUCUACAGGUUGGUGACCGAGUCCACAUCCAAAACUACCGGGACAAGGCUUGGUCUUUUGAUGCUGGAGUGGUCACCACCUGUUUCAACUCUGGUCGUUCGUACGAGGUUGCUACCUCCGGUGGAACCUUUCGCCGGAACCGAAUACAUCUCCGGCCUGCUCCUACAUACGGACCGGUUCCACCGGUAGAGACCGGUGUGCCCGCCGUCCCACUUCCGGCCCCGAUUUUGCGUCGAAGUGCUCGUCUCGGUGCCAAAUUGGCUGUCUCAUUCGGGGAUGGAACGAAAUCUGGGUGA